AUGUCGCCCGUUAGGACAAGGAAACGAUCGGUGUAUUUCUGUUUCCAGAGGGAAUGUAUCAGUAUCCACGUCGGACAGGCCGGAGUCCAGAUCGGAAACGCCUGCUGGGAAUUGUACUGUCUGGAACACGGUAUCCAGCCUGAUGGCCAGAUGCCCUCAGACGAAAGCAUCGGAAGUGAAGAAGACUCCUUCAACACAUUCUUCAGCGAGACCGAGGCUGGCAAGCAUGUGCCAAGGGCAGUUUUUGUUGACUUGGAGCCUACUGUUGUGGAUGAGAUCCGGACCGGAACUUACCGCCAACUGUUCCACCCCGAGCAGCUCAUCACCGGUAAGGAGGAUGCUGCCAACAACUACGCCCGUGGUCACUACACAGUUGGCAAACAGAUAAUUGAUACGGUUCUUGACCGCAUCAGGAGACUAAGUGACCAGUGCCGUGGACUACAGGGAUUUCUAAUCUUCCACAGUUUCGGAGGCGGAACCGGAUCCGGGUUUACCUCCCUUCUUAUGGAGCGCCUGAGUGUGGAUUACGGAAAGAAGGCCAAACUGGAAUUCGCCAUCUAUCCUGCCCCGCAGAUCUCUACAGCUGUUGUUGAGCCCUAUAAUUCUGUAUUGACAACCCAUACCACCCUUGAGCAUUCCAACUGCGCAUUUAUGGUCGACAACGAGGCUAUCUACGAUAUUUGUCGUCGUAACCUUGACAUUGAACGUCCAACAUACGUAAACCUUAAUCGGUUAUUGGCCCAGAUUGUCAGUUCCAUCACCGCUUCCCUCCGAUUCGACGGUGCCCUGAACGUCGACUUGACCGAGUUCCAGACCAACUUGGUGCCCUACCCACGUAUCCAUUUCCCUCUGGCCACAUACGCCCCGAUAGUAUCCGCCGAGAAGGCCUACCACGAGCAGCUGUCUGUUGCUGACAUCACCAACUCCUGCUUCGAACCUACAAGUCAGAUGGUGAAAUGCGAUCCGCGUCACGGAAAGUACAUGGCCUGUUGUCUGUUGUACAGAGGUGACGUUGUGCCCAAGGAUGUCAACACUGCCAUCGCCACCAUCAAGACCAAGAGGACCAUCCAGUUCGUCGACUGGUGUCCAACUGGAUUCAAAGUAGGGAUAAAUUUCCAACGACCGUCUAUCGUGCCAGGAGGUGAUUUGGCCAAGGUCCAGCGUGCCGUGUGCAUGUUGAGCAACACCACCGCCAUCGCCGAGGCCUGGGCUCGUCUUGACCACAAGUUCGAUCUUAUGUACGCCAAGCGUGCUUUCGUCCACUGGUACGUCGGAGAGGGUAUGGAAGAGGGAGAGUUCUCCGAGGCUCGUGAGGAUAUGGCUGCCUUAGAGAAGGAUUACGAGGAGGUAGGCAUGGACACAGUUGAAGAUGACGAAGAAGAGAACGAGAACGAGUAUUAAGGUUAUACCAGAAUCCUAGACCGAUUGAGUAAGUGAAUCCAUGAUAGAUCAGAGGCGACUUCCAAGUCUAUUCCAAAUCCUCAUGAACUGACAAAAAAUGAUUGUUCAGAAGUUACGCGUGUUUUUUUACAGCAUUGUUUUGAUGUCGCUGAUAAAUAAACAUUGAAAUAAAGGGUU